AUGCGAUUGUGUACAGCUAAAUGAAUGAAUUCGCCGGAGAAAACAGAGACUCUUCACUGAACAUUUUCGUUUUUAUGUUCGUGUAUUUUGAUUGGCCAGCCUAAUUUUGACAUAUGCAUAUUUCAAGGUCAUAUAAACUGCCAAUCAGGAGCAAGCAAAUUUUUAAAAUUUCAUUUCAAGAUAGUUUUCUUCAGUUUAUGAAACUUUUACACUCAUUGUCUUUCAAUUUACAUGAUAGUAAUCAUAAUCAAUUAAUCAUUGAAUGUAAUUCAACUGCUUCAUGAAGCCCCCUUGCUCUCAUUGACUCCUAUCUUCAUUCAAUCUAUAUUCCUUAUUUCAAAAAAGGAUCAUAUCCCUCCCGCCAUUUUAAUGCAUUUAAACUGCAAAUUAAAAUGAGAAAAUCAAGAGGAACUAUAAUUACCUCUUCAAUUAAUCCAAAUAGAUCAACCAGGAGGUUAUAUUACUAUCUAUCAGCUGGAAUAAUAAUUUUUUUAUGCGUAUAUGUAAUAUACCAGAUUAACACAUCCUCAGUGAUUAUUUUGAAUGGUCUGUUUGACCCAAUCUGUCAGUAUAAGACAAAGCCUAUCCACAAGCCUCAUUAUCAUUUUGUCAAUGAUUCAGUCCAUGUAGCAAUGUUACUAGCUGGCGGUAAAGACAAUUGUUAUCAAGCUGAAACACAGAUUAAAUCUCUUCUAUUCAAUCAACGUAGAUGGUAUCAAUCAAAGGAUAAUUGUUGUACAUUUACGCAUUUUCCACAUUUCAAUACAGAUUGGUUAAAUUUGAUUGAAGCAGCUCGAAACCAUUUGGAUAAUAGUAAUAAUUAUCAAAGAUUAACACUUGUAUUUCAUUUUAUUGUUGAUGACAAAUCUUAUGAAUUUAUGAAAGAAUUAAUGUUGGAUUGGAAUCUGGACGGCAUAGAUUUAAAAUAUUAUGAUAUCAAUGAAUAUGAAAAACAAAUACGUGCAUUCAAAUCUGGACAUUACUCAGGGCAUAGAAGCUAUCUAAAACUGUUAAUCACUCAAAUUCUACCGCCUGAAAUAGACAAGGUUAUUCUACUGGAUUCAGACAUGCUGUUCAAUGAUGAUAUAGUAAAUCUUUGGAAUUUAUUCAAUGAAUUCGAUGAAGAUCAGUGUAUUGGAAUUGUUGCUGAACAAAAUCCAACAUUUUACUCUAAUAUGGGAUAUAGAUUUUGGCCUAAUUUGGGAUUUGGUUACAAUGCUGGACUUUUGUUAAUUGACUUAGCUAAAUUACGAAAACGUCAAUGGGAUAAACUUUGGAUGAAAGUUGCAUUCUAUCUAAUGAAACAGAAAGGAAGUUUGCCGACUGCUGAACAAGAUGUUAUCAAUGCUAUGUUAAGUCAAAAUAAGCGUUGGUUAUAUGAAAUCCCUUGUGAAUGGAAUAUUCAGCUGAGUGCAUUCUCCCUGCGUGAACGUUGUCCAGUGGUAUGGAAAUUUACUUUCAGUGAUCAGAAUCAACAAGAAUUCAAUGAAGUUGAGAAAGCUUCACUAAUAAAAUAUCCCAUCGCUAAAUUGUUACAUUUUAAUGCCCACGUAAAGCCGGAAUAUUUCUAUCCGAUUCCGUUGAGAUUUCCUUCAGCUAUUGGUAAAUGGAAUGAAUAUUAUUCAACCAUACAAUUAUCAAGAAUGUAUUUACAAUUCUAUUACAAUUUACGCGGAAUGAGUCGUCAUUGUUUUAUAUAAUAGUGAAGGGCUGGCAGUUUAUCAUCUGUGCAUCAUCUGGGAUUGUCUUUGCAGCAAUACGGAGGGAGGCGCGCACGCACACACACACACACUUGUUUUAUUUUGUAUACAUUAACUCCUCAAAUGUGUUUAUGCAUUUUUUUCUGUUGGUAAAUUUCUUUGUAAUAACAAGAAGUAGAUUUCUACAGAAUUCAAAUGUAUUAUAUGAUGUUAUAAA